AUGUAUAUAUUAAUAUUACUAAUUGUGUAAGUAUAUUCAUACCACACUUUUUCUGAGAAUUCAAAAGUCAAAACACUCAACCAAACCGAGUUUUAAUAAUUGAACAUUGGUACUAAUCAUAUAAAUAAUUUCCUAGGUCGAGAUAGCCAUUCAUGGUUCAUUUUGUUUUACAGACCAUCAUGUCCUCAUUGCUAAAAAGUCCUUCCUGUUUGGGAAAGUUUCGCCGAACACAAUCAAACAUUGAGCAAAAUCGGUGCUGUCAAUUGGUACUUUUCAAAAUAAUGUUAGUGAGGUUGAAAAAGAUUUAUGUAAAUUAUUCUCAAUUGAUGCUGUACCAACAAUGAUUCUAAUUUCUGAAGGAGGAAAUCUUCAUCAUUAUAGUGGAAACAGGACAAAAGAAUCCUUUAUUCAGUUUCUUGAUAAAAAUUGGCAAAACAAUGAAACCGAGACCCCUCCUAAAGAGGAUUUUUCAAUAUUUGAUACAACCACGAUAUUCAUUUUGUUAUUACUAGUGUUGGUGGGUUUUCUUAUCUGGAUUUACUUCUAAGAGAAAUAUGAGUAUUCAUCAAUCAGCAGUUAAGCCAACUAGAGCUCGAUUAUAGAAAUGCAAGAAAUCAAUAAACCAAUAGAAAUUUGAUUUUAUAUUAUUGUUUAAUAUAUUUGGC